UGGCUCUUAAUUAUCUGACUCUCAGCCAUAUUGGGUUACUGGCCUCAGGCAGAAAAGGCCUCUCCUAGCAAGCCAUCUCUUCUUCCUCUGCUUUCAGUAGGGCCCCAGUCAACCAGAGCGUGUGUCUCUUUCUUGCUGGACCUGACUGAGGCCACAGGAAAGAUCACACUGCCAACAUCCGACAUUUUCCUCGAAGUCUCCCAAAGUUCCAGUCUUGGGAGGUGCAUGACCUCAGUGCCAGGGGCCGUGAGAAACAGUUUAAUCAGGAAGUUGAAGAAUCCAGAGGAAAAUUGAAGCAGCAUUGUGGAAGUCUAAGAAGACAGAAGAGUCAAGAGUAUCAGCUAAGGGACCAAGCCAAGAAAGACUUCUGAUGUAACUGGAUUAUCCAGUUAGUAGCUGGUGGUCCGGAAUCCUGAGGAGCACAAUGACAGCAGAGUGUGUUGGAGCCUGAAUGCAGAGAAUUAGGAAAAGGACAGCACUGAGGAAGAGGUUAGAGACCCCACAAGCCACCUCUGCCUCUGCCCUGGCCACGGCCACCCUCAUCCUGCCUGAUCCCGCAGCGGGGCUGCCCCGCGGCCCCCCAUGAGCGCUCCCGGCUGACCCGUGGGGGCCGCGGUGGAGCCGGCACGCCGCGGGGGCAGCGGGGCCAUGGCCUCGCUGGACCUGCCGUACCGCUGUCCCCGCUGCGGGGAGCACAAGCGCUUCCGGAGCCUGUCGUCGCUGCGCGCGCACCUGGAGUACAGCCACACGUACGAGACACUGUACAUCCUCUCCAAGACCAACAGCAUAUGUGAUGGUGCUGCCGCCGCUGCCGCCGCUGCCGCCGCGGCCUCAGGGUUCCCCCUGGCGCCCGAGCCCGCCGCCCUGCUGGCGGUGCCCGGCGCCCGGCGUGAGGUCUUCGAGAGCACGUCCUUCCAGGGCAAGGAGCAGGUGGCUGGGCCGGCGCCCGCCACACCACACCUGCUGCACCACCACCACCACCACGCGCCCCUCGCCCACUUCGCCGGCGACCUGGUGCCCGCCAGCCUGCCCUGUGAGGAGCUGGGUGAGCCAGGCCUGGUGCCCGCCGCCGCCGCUCGGUACGCGCUCCGCGAGAUCGAGAUCCCCCUGGGGGAGCUGUUCGCCCGCAAGUCUGUGGCGUCCUCGGCGUGCUCCACACCACCGCCCGGGCCUGGCCCUGGCUCCUGCUCCGGGCCCGCUUCUGCCUCGCCUGCGUCCCCCUCGCCCGCCGACGUGGCCUACGAGGAGGGCCUGGCGCGCCUCAAGAUCCGCGCGCUGGAGAAGCUCGAGGUGGACCGGCGGCUGGAGCGGCUGAGCGAGGAGGUGGAGCAGAAGAUCGCGGGUCAGGUGGGCCGGCUGCAGGCCGAACUGGAGCGCAAGGCUGCCGAGCUGGAGACGGCUCGCCAGGAGAGCGCACGGCUGGGGCGCGAGAAGGAGGAGCUGGAGGAGCGCGCAUCCGAGCUCUCUCGCCAGGUGGACGUGAGCGUGGAGCUGCUGGCCUCCCUCAAGCAGGACCUGGUGCACAAGGAGCAGGAGCUGAGCCGCAAGCAGCAGGAGGUGGUGCAGAUCGACCAGUUCCUGAAGGAGACCGCCGCACGGGAGGCAAGUGCCAAGCUGCGACUGCAGCAGUUCAUCGAGGAGCUUCUGGAACGCGCUGACCGCGCUGAGCGGCAGCUGCAGGUCAUCAGCAGCAGCUGUGGCAGCACACCCAGUGCCAGCCUGGGCCGUGAAGGUGGGGGCAGUGGCGCAGGGCCCGGGGCCCGGGGCCCAGGCAGAAUGCGAGAACACCACGCGGGCCCCGCCAUGCCUAGCACAUACGCAGUGUCACGGCAUGGCUCCUCUCCCAGCACAGGGGCUUCCAGCCGUGUGCCAGCUGCAUCCCAGAGCUCAGGCUGCUAUGACAGUGACAGUCUGGAGCUGCCCCGGCAAGAGGAGGGGACCCCUGAGGACAGUGGCCCUGGGGGUUUGGGCUCGCGGGCCCAGGCUACCAACGGCGCCUCAGAGCGGUCCCAGCCCCCUCGCAGCUCAGGCCUGCGGCGCCAGGCCAUCCAGAAUUGGCAGCGCAGACCCCGCCGACACAGUACUGAGGGUGAAGAGGGUGAUGUCUCAGACGUGGGCUCCCGAACCACUGAGUCAGAGGCCGAGGGCCCCUCAGACGUCCCUCGCUCCGGGCCUGCUAUGGCUGGGCCGUUGAGCAGCCGCAGGCUCUCAGCCCGCCCUGAGGGAGGCAGCGGGCGAGGCAGGCGAGCUGAAAGGGGUAGUCCUUCACGCUCCAACGAGGUCAUCAGCCCAGAGAUCCUCAAGAUGCGAGCUGCCCUGUUCUGCAUCUUCACCUACCUGGACACACGCACACUGCUGCAUGCCGCCGAGGUCUGCCGCGACUGGCGCUUCGUGGCACGACACCCUGCUGUCUGGACAAGGGUCCUGCUGGAGAACGCCCGAGUCUGUUCCAAGUUCCUGGCGAUGCUGGCUCAGUGGUGCACCCAGGCCCACUCACUGACACUGCAGAACCUUAAGCCCCGACAGCGGGGAAAGAAGGAGAGCAAGGAGGAGUAUGCCCGCAGCACCCGGGGCUGCCUUGAAGCAGGGCUGGAGUCCUUGCUAAAGGCAGCGGGGGGGAACCUGCUGAUCCUGCGCAUCUCCCACUGUCCCAACAUCCUCACCGAUCGUUCACUCUGGCUGGCCAGCUGCUACUGCCGUGCCUUGCAGGCCGUUACCUACAGGAGUGCCACAGACCCCGUGGGCCAUGAGGUCAUUUGGGCCCUGGGCGCAGGCUGCAGAGAGAUUGUCUCCCUCCAGGUGGCACCACUUCACCCCUGCCAGCAACCUACUCGCUUCAGCAACCGCUGCCUGCAGAUGAUUGGUCGCUGUUGGCCUCACCUCCGGGCCCUGGGGGUUGGGGGCGCUGGCUGUGGGGUCCAGGGCCUGGCAUCACUUGCAAGAAACUGCAUGCGGCUGCAGGUCUUGGAGCUGGACCAUGUGUCAGAGAUCACCCAGGAGGUGGCGGCUGAGGUCUGCCGAGAAGGCCUAAAGGGACUGGAGAUGCUGGUGCUCACGGCCACCCCUGUCACCCCUAAGGCCCUAUUGCACUUCAACAGCAUUUGCCGGAACCUCAAGUCCAUUGUGGUCCAGAUUGGGAUUGCUGAUUACUUCAAGGAGCCCAGCAGCCCUGAGGCCCAGAAGCUGUUUGAGGAUAUGGUGACAAAACUCCAGGCCCUGCGGCGGAGGCCCGGCUUCUCUAAGAUCCUGCACAUCAAGGUGGAAAGCGGCUGCUAACCCGGGUUGGGGGCUGCAGGGCCCCUGCCAGCCCCAUACCAAGGCGCUCUUUGGACUCCAGAGGGACCCUGGUUUGGACUAGACCUUCAGUGGCCUAGUGUUACUCCAGCUUCCAGGGAAGGGUUGAAUAUCCUGUCCUUCUGGAACAGUGGAGCAACAGGCCUGAUUGAGGGCACUGCCUCCCAGGAGCAGGAGCUUGGACAGAAGGUGUCCUCCAACCCCUACCCCAUCCCCAGCUGGAGCAGCCUUCUGGCUCAGCCACAGAGGGAGCUGUCACCACCAGCACCUGAUGUCAUCGCCUGGAGGAUCUGCAAUAACUACCCAGAGGCUCUUCAGCUGCUUGGGCAGGCCUCUUCCUCCUGAGGCCCUGCCCUGUGGUCAGGGGCUUCUGCCAGGCCCCAGGCCAGAGGGGAUCCAUGAGGCAGCUCAGACUCAGCAAGGAGGAUUCUCUUCCACCUACCUGUUCCAGCCUGCUGCGGGACACCCACUUCAGACAGCUCACCUAGGCUUUGGAUCCACAUUCUUCGGGGUUACCAAGCAGGCCUAGGGCACUGUGGUCAGCUGAAGGCCUGGGGUGGGUCCACAGUUGGGUGGGCUUGGAAGGAGGAAGAAGUCACCCAGAACUUCUCUGGGUGACUUGAGAGAAGAUGAGAUCAAUCCUCUCAAAGGGUAAAGGGAAUUGCUGGGGGGAAAAAAACUUACUGCUUAGACAAGACUUCCUCCCAACUACCACAUACGCCACCAUACACUGGAGCUAAAUUCCUAGCUAAGAGGUGCAUGUUUCUCUACCUACCAUCCAUUCCUAAGGGACCUAAGGGAUGGUCAGGUCCCAGCCCUGGGAGGCCCCAUCUGCAAUGAGAAGGAAUUUCCUUCUAAUCCAGGUGCUUGGAAGCCAUGGUCUUUGGGUCCCCAAGGCUGUGUAGAAGGGGUACUGCAUUGCCCACUCAGCUGGGGCCUAGAGGGUGGCUUGCUUUGCUUAUCUAGUUAGCUCGCUGAGGUGUGGCUGUGGGCAAGGAAAAGCAUCCUCAACUGACUUCCCCCCUUUCUCAGGCCCCCCUGCCAAUGGUUGAGGUUGCAGUGGGUCUUUACCUCAGGCUCAGAAGCCACAGAAUGCCAAUGGGGGUUUUCACUGGCCCCUCUGCACAGUGCCCAAAAGACAAGGUUCUGGCACCAAGGCUCCGAACACUGAGACUCCCCCCAGCUCUCAGAACUUCCACAGUGGCUUUGAGGCUGAGGCUCCUGCCCACCUUCAUGUGGAUAGUUACAUCACACAUAACCUAAAUCCACCUUAGGCUUUGUUUCCCUUGCUCCUGUACAAGAUCAGGUCCCAGCCCAGCCACAGGCUGCUGGUACUGGCAAGAGUUGGGAUCCUCCCCUUUCCCAGUCUUCUCCAGGGACCCAUCUCUGCCACAGCUUAACCUGGACAUCUAAACCCAGCCCUGGUUCCCUUGUAACAAGUUCUCCAGUGCUACCCCCUCUGGGUCUCAGCAGUGCACCCAGCUCCUUUCAUCUCUUCCUGUGGCUUGUUCUAUCCCUGCCCUUUGAAGACCUGAAAUGCCAAGGGUGUCAUGUUGGCAACUCCCUGUCCAGUCUUACACGAAGCCUAGGGUAUGUGGCACCCCUGCCCCUACCCCCUGCAGCUGCCUCUAUCAGUUCCCACCUCCCCACUCCCCAGUAGUCACAGGAAAGACAGCACAACUUUCCUCUCCUCUAGGGGCCUGACAGGAAGGUGGAGAUCCACAGGACCUGGGUGUCUAUCCUUUCUUUCCAACUGUACUGCAGCCCCUGCUCCCUCCGAUCCCAGGACAAGAGGUGCUGCCCUCCCUGUUUCCUGGACAAAGCACAAAGGGAUGCCCUGUUUGGCCUAGCCUACCCAGCUAAUGGAUUUUGGCAGUUUCUUCCUGGGUGGGACUCACUGAGUGCCUGGGGUCAGCACUGGGGAAGGAGGGCAGCGGUCACAGGCACUGAACAGGUGGGGAGACGUGGUGCUAAAAGGUCUGGUAUUAGUCUCUUUACCCACUCCUUGAGAGCACUAGGGGUGGGAGACAGACCCCUCUUCUGCCAGGUGCAAGUGUGCCUCCCACAGGUCUCCCUCGGUCCACAAAACCCAAGUUCUCCACCCUUUAUCUUCUGGCUCUGAAUGAAGGCUACAGGAGUACAUGUUGCCUACCCAAACGCCAGGUCACAGCUUCUCUUUACACACAUCCCCGCGCUGGCAGUCUCGUGCACACUGGCCUUCAUGCAUGCCCGGAGAGCCAGCAGCUCCGUGGCGCUCACCUGACGCUGUUUGUUUGCUCUGUCCCCGGGGGAGGAGCCCUGCUGCUGAGUGGGAGCCUCCGCUUGCUGGGGCUCUGUUUACUCACUUGGCAACCACAGAGCUAUAGCUGAGGAUGGGGCCUGGGACAGAGCCUGGCUUAUUUAGAAGCACCUUAUCCCUUUGUCCACUCAAAGGGGAGCCCAUCUUUCAUACCUUGUAACAUGCAAAAAAAUCUGAGGGCAAAUCAAGGGAGGCCCUGUCCAGGCACCCCAGAUCUGUGCAGUGGUCCUGUGAGUAAUGGCCAUAGUAUCCCUAUUACUGCCCCCACCAUACAGCCCAACCCUGGCACCUAGAGUUUGGCUUGAGUACUUCAUGCCUCGUUCAGCCUGCUUCCCCACAGCACUGGCAGGAAGCAGAGAUGCACACACAGGAAUCCCUGCUUCCACUGGCCAACAGACCACUGAGAGAUCACAGCCACUCACUUUUCCUCGCCCUGGGAGCACAGGUUAAGUCAGUUCCUCAGGAACUGCUUCUAAAGAAAAGGAAAAACAGAGGCCUCUUCUCAAAGCCUGCUACUCCAAGGUUUGGUUGUGGUCCUUUGCCUUUGGGUUCUACCUGCCCCCGCCGGCCCUGGCCUCAAGUACUUUGAGAUAUAGGAGUGGAGCUCCAUAGACCCCAAUCCCUCUAAGGCGCUGAGAUGAAGACCUUUCCAGGAUGACUGCUGGUGCCAAAGACCCAGUUCCUGGCAAACCUGGAGUGGAAAUCGUAGAUGGUGAGUGGGGUAUGGUCCAAGUGCCCAGAGGAGUUAACUCCCACUGAUGGGACCUGUCCCCACCUGCCAGUCCCUGAGGAGUGUUAACUUCCCUCUCCCAGGGGCCUGGUACUUCUCUUUAAUGUCUGGUGGCCAUGCUUUCUCACCCAGCCUUGUUCCAGGCCUGCAUUUCUGUAUAUAUUGCUGUGUAUUGUGUGUAUGUAUUUAUUCCUGGACAAGUGUGCUCAUCUGCAGCCCUUGCCUGAGGAUAAGGUUUAGGGUUGGGUGAAAAUCCGAACGCUAGGGCCUUCCUCCCCAAUUCCUUGGGACCUUGGCCAGUCCCAAGACUGCCCUGACAAUCAGGCAGGUGCCCCAUCAUGAAGUCAAACCUCCUCUGCCUCCCCAGCAGGGAUCUUGUAUACAGAGCAGAGGUCUGAGGUCAUCAGGCCUGCCUCAUGGCUAUCGCCAGUAGGCUUGGCUGUAAAGGGCACUGCUGGUGUGGACCUCCACAACUGGCCCUUAGGCCCUACCUUCCGCACAGCCAGGCUGUACUGGGCCUGACCAUGAGUGGGCACUUCCCCCACCCCAAGCACAUAGGCAGAGGGGUGGAGAGCAGCUUUUGAUUUUACUUUUAUUUCUAAAGUGGUGCCUGUACCUCCAGCCCCCAGGGGGCCUUCCCUGGCCCCACUUCUCUGCCCCACCCAGGCAUUGCCAUCCCAGCACUUUGCUCUACAUUACCCAUGGAUGCCCUUUGCCGAAUGUACCUGACUGUGUAUGUAUUUAAAAAGGACUCAUGGGCAUCAGAGAAUUUAUGGCUCUGUAUCUAAUAAAAGAUGGUGAAACUGGUA